AUGAACCCUGCGGUGGACCUGCCGAGCCUUCGUCAGCCCGGGGGCUCCGGCUCCGACUCGGAACUGGGCAUGAGGACCCACGACAGCCCGCCGCCUGAGGACCGCCAGAUGGUCUUCAGCUCCGGCCUGGACCACCGCUCGCGGCGAGACACCACCUCACCUCCCGGGCGUCGACGCAUCGCUACCAUCGUGGGACGCGAAGACCUCAGAUACCGCUCCAAGGACCUGGGUCUUCCCACUCACUCCCCCCGCGCCCGUAGCCAGUCCGCGGCGCCCACAGACUCGCCUUCUCUGCACGUGUCUCGCUCACGCAGCAAGUCUCCUCGACGCGCGCCCGAGCAGCCCGCUAGUCGCUCCCUCUCCCCUCCCGAGGCCAGGCCGGGCUACGGAGGGUCCGGAAGGAUGCCAUCUCGGAGUGCCACCGCGACGCCCACGGGGUCGCCCAAGAAGCGGCAGUUGCCCCAGAUCCCAUCGGCGCUCCAGCUCUCCUCCAGGGACAAGGUCACGCAGCAUUCUUAUAUGGAGAGAUCUUCCCAGGUAAACGUUAAGCCCUUUAGGUUCUUCUGA